UCUUUCCCGCCCUCCCUCCAUCUUGGCGCAGCUAGCUUGACGCAGCGGAGCGCCAAAGGGAGGCUGAGCGGAUCAAUUUGGAGCCUCGGCGGCUGAUCGGGAUUAUGCGGCGCUUCUGAUCUCUGUGUCGAUUGAACGCAUCGUUCCCUUGUAGGUUCUGGCAGCUGUGACGUCACUUCCAGGCGUUAGUCUGUACCCAGCCUGAAUGCAGCCUCUCCAGGGUCCAGCCUAAUUCCUGGUGCUCCUUCACUCCCGCCUCCUCCCUCCUCUCCCCACCCUUUCCCCCUUCCUGCCCCACCCCUCCUUUCCUCCAUCCUCAUCCUCCACCCUCCACGUCAGCCUCGUCUCAACACCAACUCCCAGCGUUUAGCCCGGACUGCUGGUGUGGUUGGCUGCUCCUCUACAGGUGGAUGAAUGAAGACCCCCUUCAAGAGCCCAACGGCGCCGCGGCCCCGAGCGGACGGAGGACAUUCGGGCGUCUCUGCAAACAUGAUGAAGAAAAAGAAUCCGCACAAGAAGCAGAGGACCAGCGUGGGUCCCAGUAAGACCCUGACUCAGCCCAGAAGGAACAUCGUGGGCUGCAGGAUCCAGCACAUCUGGAAGGAGGGCAGUAAGUCGUCGCAGUGGAAGGGGACGGUCCUGGACCAGGUGCCCGUCAACCCCUCCCUCUACCUGAUCAAAUACGACGGCUUCGACUGCAUCUACGGCCUGGAGCUGUACACCGACGAGCGGGUGGUGGGGCUGGAGGUUCUGCCCGACAGAGUGGACGACAGCGUGACGGCGGAGCGAGAGCCCGGCGAGGUGGUCGACAGUCUGGUGGGCAAACAGGUCGAGUAUGCCAAAGAGGACGGCGGGAAGAGGUCGGGAAUGGUGAUCCACCAGGUGGAGGCCAAACCCUCCGUCUACUUCAUCAAAUUCGACGACGACUUCCACAUCUACGUCUACGACCUGGUCAAGACCUCCUAAGACCAGAAGCCCUGUUUAAAAAAGACUUGCUGAGAACCACCAACCCCCCCAGAAACCCUCUGCCCAGUGCAGACCCGUCUCUCUUUGGUGAAAUGCCUUAAAACAGGACAAAAAUCCAGACGGCGCCCUUCAGACCAGCUCCAGUCGUCCAUCGCUCAUCGUUCCACUUUCACAAAAUCGUUUUUGAAUAAAUAAAAUCUGCUUCACCCAGAGGUGUAGAGAGGACUCGAUCCUGAGACCCCCACAGAGACAACACAAGGUUUUCUGAGUAAGUACUCCCUUCCCUGAACCCCGUCGGACCCUCUGCGACCUCCGUUAUCUGACGAAGAGGGGGGCGAGCAGCUCUGCGGGGGUUGAUGAAGGGGCGGGACUUCAGGAGCCGCAUUCUCGACGUCGUCUAUCUGCAAACCAACACUGAGAGAUGCAGCGGGGAAACAGACUUUGGGUUCAUCACUUGUCUCUUGUUGCUGUUUGUGUCCCACAAUCAUUUUGUUUCACAUCAAACAUCUUCAGUGUUUGUUUUCCCAAAUUCAGCAUCCAGGAAACGAGUGUGAAUGAAGACACCACACUGCUGUUUCUGAGCAUGUUGCUGUGAUUUGGUUCACAUCUGUCGUCUCCGUCAUAAAAACAGCUGUCCUGGUUGGCUCCAAAGCUGACGUCGGAUCUUAAACAUGGUUUUUUAUAAAGACGUGCUCCCCUUCCUGCUGCUGCUGUAGAGUUUACACGGUUUGUGUCGUACCUUUUCUCUGUAUGGACACCUUUAUGUUUUUAUCUGUUGUGUAUACUUUUUAUUACCCACUUAGCUUGUAGGACGCGUGCGGCUGCUGCAGGUGUGUACAAUAAUGUUUCUAUAACUGACGGAUUUCACUUUGCCCACUGACUCUGGGCGCUCGUCGUUCACGGCUCGCUGUAAAACAGCAUAAACUCUUAGCUGAUGUAGCUCCGCCCAUCACAGUAGGUGGUCUUUUUUUUUUUUUUUC